AGCCAUGCGUUCAUGGUCUGCUACGGUCUUUUGUGCUGUUCGAUAUGUUCGUUCAAAAGAGAACCAGCUUAGUUGCGUUAGUUUGAAAUUCGUUAGCAUUGGGUAUUGACGAAUCCAGUCGUAGGAGAAGAAAUUCAAGAAAAACUGAAAUGGAAUCGAAAGAAAUGGAAUCGAAAGGAUGGAACAACCCAUCGGCAAGUGCACCGUCUUACGACGAAGCAAUGAACUGUUCAGCGGUGCCACCGAAUCAAAUGCAAGUGUACCCAAACAUGCCGCAACCAUAUUCAAUGCCACAACAUCAUUAUCAGCCUAUGACACAGCCGCAAAUGAUGCCACCGGUACAGGCUCCAGCGCCGCCAGUUGUUCAACAAACUGUUACCGUUGCUGGACAAUUUCCGACGUGUCGUAAAUGCAAAAAAAUAUUGCAAACUCGCUCUGAAUACACAUCCACUUGCGGUACUCACUGUGCAUUUCUAUUGUGUUGCCUUUUUAUAUGUUGGCCGUGUGCUCCAUUUGUGUACUGUACAGAUAUGUUCCGUACGAAGAAAUUCAGAUGCGUCAACUGUGGCAAAUCAGUCUGAUGAAAUAAAACGUCAAGAGGCCUUUUUUGGUCCGAAGCGAUCAAGCCUUUCCUGUUUAUUUUUUAUACAAUUUCAAUGAUUUCUUUAUUUUUUUUUUUGAACUAGGAUGUAUUUUAAUGACUCCUGAAUUUUGAUAAAUCACUUUAUAUGAGCUUUAGAACAGUUCAUCGUAAUCCCACUAAUUUUAAGGUUUUUUUUGACAUUUAUUUUCAUUUUGUUUAACAUUUUGAUUAUUGUUUCAAACACGAAAAAUUAUUUCAGUUCCUCGGGGAAGCAUAUUCAACCCAAAUUUUGUCAUUUUAUUUCUCUCGAUGUUUUGUGAAACAAAUGAUGAAUUCCUAAUGUUAAACAAAAGACGUUUUUCUCAUUAUUGUAUGGGUCAAUCAAAUUUUGUACGAAAAAAUCGAUAAAAUAGAUAAUGUGCCGCCAUAGAUAGAUAAUAUGCCAAGUUUAAGUACUCCAAAACACUCAAGAUUAGAUGAUGUUUUCUAUAUAAAUUAAUUCGAAUUAAAAAGACAUCAAUGAAUA